AUAUCAUUGCCUACUUGCAGACCUAUUUUGAACACUUCUUAUCGCGUUUAAUACGUAGUAGCUGGACCAGAGGUUCAUCCACGCUACUGAAAUCACAAUAACAAUCAGAUGACAUUGGAUGAUUGCACAUAAUUAUUAAUAUUCUGAAGGAUUGACGUAGUAGUUGAUAUUUUUAUUCACGCCCGAAGAACGUUUUCAUGUGUGAACUGAAAUAGAGAAGCGGGGGUUAGGUUGAAAGAGUAAUUUUUUGUAGUUUGGAGUUCUGAUAAUCUCUCUGAUUGUUUUUACGAGUAAAUCUAUACUUUCAUCAAGAAUUUCACUAGAAUCGUACAAAAAGUGGACAAAAACUGAAAUAAUGUUCUGGUUGGUCGCAACUUUGGCCUUAAUCCUCCUAUUUUACUACUACGAUCGAAAUAGAUUCAUGUAUUGGGCGAGGAAGGAUGUCAAACAAGUAACGCCUCCACCAAUUUUCGGAGAUAACUGGCAUUUGAUGUUCAAAAAAAUGGCGUUUUGCGAUUACAUAAAGAAAACUUAUGAUAGUUUCGACAGUGUGAGGUAUUUUGGGCACUAUCAGUUUUAUCAACCUUUAUUGGUGGUGAAAGAUCCUAAACUACUCAAACAGAUUUGCGUGAAGGACUUUGAACAUUUUCUGGACCAUAGACCGUUCACAACAGAAGAGGCGGACCCUCUUUGGAACAAGAAUCUUUUCUCGUUGAAAGGUCAGAAAUGGAAAGAGAUGCGCUCCACCCUUAGCCCGUUCUUCACCGGCAGCAAGAUGAGACAAAUGUUCGUUUUGAUGCACGAAUGCGCCAGAAAUUUCGCGGACUAUCUGGCCGACAAACAGGAAGAUAUGAUCGAGAUGGAAUUGAAGGAUGCUUUCACGAGAUACUCGAACGACAUCAUAGCAAGUACGGCUUUCGGUGUACAAUGCGACUCGUUGAGAGACGGGGAAAAUCAGUUUUAUAUCAAUGGAAAAAGGGCCACGGAUUUCAGCGGUUUCGUGAAGAACCUCAAGUUCGUUUUGCACGCCGUAUUGCCGAAACUGUCCAAGCUGCUGAAGGCGACCUUUUUCGACAAGGAAAUCUCUGACUUCUUCCGAGGUGUGGUAAGAGAUUCCCUCGAGUACCGCGAGUCGAACAAGAUCGAUAGGCCGGAUCUGAUCAACCUCCUGUUACAAGCCAGGAGGGACCCGCCAGAGGAAGAGGUUAAACUAGAGGAAACCAACUUUGCGGCCGUGAAAGAACACAUGGAUAUCAAGUCGUCGAGGACCAGGGGUAAGUUGGACAUGUCCCUGGACGACAUAACCUCUCAGGCGUUGAUCUUCUUCUUUGCCGGCUUCGAAACGGUCUCCACGGUGAUGUGCUUCGUCGCCUACGAGUUGGCCGUGAACCAUGACGUGCAGUUGAGGCUCCGCGAAGAACUGGACGAGUUCAGGAAUUCCGGUCGCAAGUUCAGCUACGAGGGCCUGGCCAAACUGCCGUACCUGGAUAUGGUGCUGUCGGAAACAUUGAGGAAAUGGCCUCCAACUCCGGCCACUGAUAGGCAGUGUAACAAGACCUACACCAUCGAUCCAGAACUCGACGGCGAAAAGCCUCUACGUAUAGACGCCGGCGAUAUAAUCAUGAUCCCCAUUUGGGGCCUGCAUCGCGACCCCAAGCAUUGGGACAACCCCGACCGUUUCGACCCCGAGCGAUUUUCGGCGGAAAACAGGCACAAGGUCGACCCUUACGUUUACGUUCCGUUCGGGGUGGGACCCAGGAACUGCAUCGGUUCCCGAUACGCCAUCACGGAGGUCAAGGUUGUGUUCUUCGAACUCCUUGCUCGGUUUGAGAUACUGCCCGUAGGGAAGAGCUGCAUCCCCUUCGUCGCGGAUUAUAAGACGUUCAAUUUGACGUCUUCCAACGGGUUUUGGUUUGGGCUAAAGAAGAGGGACGUUUGAUAUGAUGCCAGAAAUAUGUCAUAAACUUCACAUUAAACCAUGUUUUUCGUUAUUGUUAUUACUAUAUACUCAAACACUUAAAUUUGCUUAUUACGCA